AAUAAUUCUUUUACACUAGCACAGUGCAUUGCCGACACGUGUUUUUGUUUUCUCAAUUCUUGAAACAGUUUUAAAUAGUUUAAUUUUUCAAAACGUUGCGCAAAAUGGGAAAAUUUCGUUCUAAACUAAAGCGCCAUACUAAAGGCAAAACAUGGAGCAAAGGGCAGUCGUCUACUUCAAAUCCUGACCAAAUGAAGCAUCGUAUGAAAGCCAAGUCGCGCUUCUUUCAGCCCAAUUUGAGUUUAGCUCCACCAGAAGCGAAUUCUGAUCCGACUACACUCACACUGGACGCUGUCAUGAAACACGAUCAACGCUUGGCUUACAACGCUGAAACGACUACAGUCAAUGAUGUUGCCGGCAGUCUGAAAUCGUUCAGCCUGCAUGACGAUGGACUCGAAGAUGAAAGCAUGUCGGAAUCACAACAGGGCACUUUUAAAACUUUCAAAACAUUCGCUUCGAACUAUAGCGCCUGCAGCAACAUGAGUUUUAAACGUCUGCUAGUUGGCUUCCGUGCAUCGUCCGAUUUGCAUAAAGAAAUGUUAGCCAUACUAACAGCACUUACCGAAGUGAUACGCGAACGUGGUGGCACCGAGUCGUCAACAGAGUAUUUUAUCUUACUUAUGGAACAGAUUGAGGCCAGCACGGAAGACAAUGACAUUAUUGCUGGUAUUUCUUUGUUGUCAAUGGGCAUUAAGUCAGUGCCGGCGACGGUGCUACGUAAGCGUUUUGGAGAGACAGCACAAACCUUUUUAACGUGUCUGCAACGUUUUAUAGAGUCUACAAAUCAGACUAUAAUUAAAUAUAUAAUUGGUUGUUUGUCGGUGUUGCUCUGUGCACAGGACUACAACACUUGGACUUACUCCUCAACUUGGCAGUAUAUUGAUGCUAUACUUUCGUUUACCAUACACUCGAAGCCAAAGGUGCGCAAAGCCGCUCAACAUGCUAUUGUAUCCAUCCUACACGGUAGCUCCUUUAUGCGCGCUCCCAAAGGCGAAGAUGCUGAGAAGGACAUCAGUGAGGAGCAACCGAAAGUGAAAAGCCAUCCGGCCAGCAAUCGCAUAACGAAAUUCUGUUUAAAUCAAUUCAAACCCGAAGUUCUGACCAACUCACAAACAACCGUAUUGCAUACACUAACACUACUCAAAGACAUUUUGAGUGGCCUUAAAACCGAGGACAUACGUGCGGUAUGUGAAAGCCUUCUCUCCAUAAUGACCGCUGCAAACGUGCUCAUACGCACCAACUGCUUCCAAGCGCUGCAUGCGCUCUUCGCCUCGCGUACGACAAAUUUGAAUGGCCCAUUAUGCGCCAAACUCUUGGCUGCCAUACACGAAUAUCGUCCUGAUCGCGCUGACAUACGUCAAACCGUAGCUUGGGUGACGGUGCUCAAAGAAGGUCACAUACAUUUGGCGCUGUUGGACUUGAAUUUGUGCAUGAAUGCGUUGCCGCGUUUCGUCGACAUCUGCGCCACGGAUUUAUGGAUGUCGGAGCGCGCUGAAAUAAUCAGCAGUGUCUCGAAUUGUUUAAAGGAGCUGCUAUACGAAUGUGUGAAGCCGGCUUGUGAGACGGCUGAGCAGGCGGAAGUUCAUCGCAUUUCGAUUAUGCGCAUUAUCGCGUCGCUCGAGAAAGCGCUGAAUGCGCCAUUCGGUGAAAUGGCCAAACACGUGAUUCUAGUAUUUUCCAUCGUUUUCGAAGUUUGUGGCAAGCACUACAGCAAGGAACUGUCGCGCUCACUUUUGACCCUGUCGAAACGUUAUGACACACAAAGCGCGAUGCGCGUACAAAUCGAACACACCAUCAUUGCCGCCAUACAAUCGAUGGGUCCGGAGAAUGCGCUGAAGACAAUACCGUUAACAAACAGCAAAGGCGAAGUUUUAUUGGAACGUUCCUGGUUGCUGCCGCUGUUGCGUCAAGGUGCCAAAGGCGCCACUUUUAAAUUCUUCAAAGAAUUCGUUUUGCCGCUAGCUUUGGAUUGCAACAACAAAUGGCAUCAACAUGCGCAAGACCAACAAAAGUCCAUGUCACAUACAUACGAGCUAUUGUGUUGUCAGCUGUGGGGUCUAUUCCCAGGCUUUUGUCGCGAGCCCGCAGAUCCGGAGAACUUACGCUUGAUUGCGCCCACUUUGGGAAAUGCGCUGGAUAAUAAUCCAGAGUUUCGUGCACCCAUCUUCGAUGGCUUAACCGAGUUGAUAGCGAACGAGGAGAGCGCUGCAAUCAAAGAAGCUUUGGCAAAAUACUCCAAAAAUUUCUUACCACGUCUCUUCAACAUUUACGCACAGAAACCAAACACCACAUACGAGGCGGAUCUGCGCAAAAAGACAUUGGACGUCGUAAAGCUCUAUCUAACACGCACGCCGGAGGAUGUGCUUAAGGAGCUUUUCGAGACUGCCAAAACACAACUGUCCAACACGGCCGUCGGCACCUUCGAAUACGAUUCGAUUUUCGACAUCAACGCCGCCUUGCUGCUCUUCCAAACCAGCGAAAUUAUACGUGUGUUCUUCGAGGAGUUCAUAGUGCCCGUGCUGAAGAACGAAAAGUCCAAGCUGGUCGCCAAAGAUGAGCAAAAAUUGAAAAAGCAACAGCGCAGAACAUAUGAACUCCUGCGUGAUAUACUCACUUCUGAGGCAGCUUCGUGUCAGAAAUUCGCACGCAAAAAUAGCAUAGCCCUACAGAAACUGCUGCUGGAUGCUUUUGCCACAAGUUGUGCUGUGUGCCAGGCCGCCCGUUUGAGAUGCCUGAAAAUUAUUAUUGAAAACCGCAAAUCUCUAACUGUGAAUGACAAAAUUGUUAUGAAAACCAUACCGGAAGCUGUGAUCUCAUACAAGGAGUUUUCUACGCGCAAGGAAAAUGUCUCCGAAGAACUCAUUACAUUCUUGGUGAAUUUGUAUCAGGAGGCUGGCAAAUUGAAUGAUUUCGUCGAUAUAUUGACAGCCGGUUUUGCCGGCGAUGAGUCGCUCAUCACCAACACCAUAUUAGCUUUCCGCACUGUGGUCCAACAGCAGGGCAAAAAUCUAACAAUUAACACACUCGAAUUCAUAAUGGAGCAGAUACUAGUGUUUCUCGUGCAGAAGACACGCUCACUGGCCGAGGCGUCGGUCGCCUUUCUGAUAACAUUCAUCAAAGUAAUGCCCUCACCGCUGGUUGCCAACCAUUUGCAAACGAUUAUGAAAGCACUGUCCGCCAUGGCGAAGGACACAAAACGUUAUUGCCGCAUACAAAUCGGUUAUUUGUUGAAAAAGCUUUGCAAGCGCUUCACAGCCGAGGAGCUGAUCAAGUUCGUGCCCGGCGAUGAUGAGGUGACACAUCGGCGUCUGAAGAAGAUACGCAAGCAAAUGCGACGUGAGAGCAGGCAGCAGCUGAACGAAAAGGAUAAGAAGGACGAAGAGGAGUCAGAGGACGAAUUCGUUGCUGGGCUGGAAAAGAAGAGUGUGACCAUUGAUGACAUUUUGGCCGACUCCGAUUCCGAUUUGCCCGAAGACAUGGAUACAGACGACGACGAGGGCAAUAAGGCUGAAAAGAAGAGCAAGAAGCGCGCCAGCACUUUUAUACGCGAAGAUCCGGAGGACAUUGUGGAUUUGGCUGAUAUUAAGUCGGUCGGAAAUGUGUUGACAAAUCGUCCCGAUGAGAAUGCAAACGCUGCAGGCAGCACCAAAACAAAGAAUAAGGAUCCCAACCGUGGCUUCAAAACCGCCGAAGACGGAAGACUGAUUAUAAGCGAUAAAGCAUUGCGUGGCGUUGGUGGCGACGAGAGCAGCAGCGAUGGCAGUGAUGAUGAUGAGGAUGACGAAGACGAAGGUGUCGAGGUGAAGAAAGCGCCUAAGCGUGGCAUGGAGGUGGACUCAAGUGAUGAAGAAGAAAUGCCUGCCACAAGCCGUAAACGUAAAGCUACAGACGCUGCCAGUAUGCGUUCGGGCAAAACAUCAGCCUCCAAAUAUGUGGCCGGUGGUAAGGGUAUACAUCGUCCCUUGGGCGCGGCCAGUGAUGCGAUAUCCAUGAAAUCCGGUUACUCGUCGAAAACAGCUAAAUCUGGAAAGUCUGCAGCCGCCUCCGCGUACGCUGGCAGCGACUACACGACUAAGAAAGCCAAGGGCGAUAUGAAGAAGAAGGGCAAACUCGAUCCAUUCGCGUACAUACCGCUCACUAGAAACACGCUAAACAAACGAAAACGCGCAAAACAUGCAGGCACGUUUAAGAACAUAGUGAACGGCGCACGCAAAGGCGCGCUGAAAGGUGUCAAACAAAGAGUCGCCAAGGCUUACAAAUAAUAAAAUAAUAAAACGUAAUGCAAUAAACCGCAAACUAACUGUAUGUAUAUAUAUAUAAAAUAAAAUUAUCUUGUUAACUAGUAAGAGUUGUAAAUCAAAACAGUGGCAGAGAAUAAAACUUUAAAUCAUUAUUUAAACAACUAAAAUGAAA